GGCCGGGCAGAAGCAGAAGUCAGUCGGCCCUGAAGUACCUCAGAGUUACUGCUAGCAGACAGUAGUACCAGUCUGAGUACGUGUAUGUUGCCGUGCCGUCGUGUGUUACUUUCUGGCCGUUAACGGGAGCUCUGUGUGUCGUCGUUGGUGUGAUGGAAGUGGACAAAAUGGACGAGAACGACUGGAAGUACCACGGAGAGGGAAACAAGAGCCUGGUGGUCUCACACGUACAGCUUUCCAGAGUUUUACGCCUGCUCAAGUAUCCAGCAGAGGACUCUGAAAACCCACCACAGACGGUGGAGCAGGCCUUCAGGCAGAUCCAGAACAUUGUUGAUUUCAGCUCCAACGUCAUGAGUAGCCUUCUGGGAGAGAAGUUCAUCCACAGUGGGGAAGUGGUCAAACUGCCGCUAGAGUUUGUGCGACAGCUGUCAAUCAAAGUUCAACAUCAAAGACCAGCUUGGCGCUGCGAUAAGGUGAUGGACAUCUACAGUGGCUGUGCUCUCUGUCUGCCAAAUCUGACAUCUCCAGCCCUCCACCAGCCAACACACACUCCUCCGCUCUGCAUCGAGAUCAAGCCUAAAUGUGGCUUCCUGCCGUCCUCCAAACAUGUCAGCAAAGACAUCAAGACCAAAGUGUGCCGCUUCUGUAUGCACCAACACUACAAGGUGACCAAUGGGAUGUGGAAGAGACGCAGUCUGUACUGUCCUCUAGACCUCUUCUCAGGGAACAGACAGAGAAUGCAUUUUGCCAUCAGACACCUGAUAGAAGAACCUCAGAACAACUUCAAAAUCUUCAAGGGCGGUCAGUGUAUUUACAGCAGUAAGGAGUGCAGUGACGACUCGUCUGACCUGAACUCUCUGCUGCAUCAUCUCAGACCGUACUUCAUGUACGGAAACAACCGAAUCAACAGUCACAUGACCGGCAAAGCUGUUCUGAACGACUUCAUCCAGGUCCUGGUGAAUGCCCUGCUGAGUGGUGGAGGAGGCGAUGGAGGGGUGGUGACAGACAGACGAGGAGAAGGGCGGAGCUUCUGUGAAGCGAGUCUGUUCAACAAGGAGAGGAUUCGUCACGGCUCUCAGGGUUUACCCAGCGACAGUGUUUUGUUCAGGAUUCUUCAGACUCAGAUGUUGGACACGCUGGACAUUGAAGGACUUAAUCCUCUGUACCGCCGAGUGGAGCAACACCUGCAGGACUUCCCCAAGGAGAGAACUCGUCUCCAGAUAGACGGACCGUACAACGAGGCCUUCCUGGAAAAGCUGCAGAAAUGUCCGACUGAGGACGACGGCUCUGUGGAGUACGCUGUCGCCAAGGUCCAUCAGUACCGCGCCGCCAUGACAACCAAGGACUGCUCCAUCAUGGUCGCCCUGGUGCCCAGCAGUGAGGAGGAGGAAGAGGAUGGUGAAGGUCAGCGGCGGCUCCGGGACUUUGUGCCAUCCAGACCUCCUGCUUUCUCUUACUCUGUCUCCAUCCUGGAUCUGGACCCGAAACCGUUCGACAGCAUCCCCCGCCAGCUGCGCCUGGACCAGAAGAUCGUCUCCUGCUACCUGAGGACUGGUGGUGCCUUGCCAAAGGGCUCUCUGCCGCCGCUCUCCGGCAUCUUCACAGCUGCUGAGAGGGAGGACUGCACGCUGCUCUUCCACCCUGUGUAAACGCCCAAUAAGAGUCGGACAACCCUGAAGACAAAGACUGACGCCAUGUUGAUGCAGAGGUGUAAAAUCACUUCAGAGUGGAGCUGUGUAUCCGAGGCUUUACUGCAGCACUUCCUUUUCACUCCGCUCAUGCUGACAGUUAACCGCUCGUACAGCAAAACUAAAAUUUCCAGCAAGUCACCACUAGAUCACCAGACGUUUAAGCAACUUCAGAUACUUCUGAUACCGAUUCUUGAUGUGUUGGUGUGGCGACAGACUUCUCGCUCCCGUCAGGAGGGGAAUCCCAAUGUCACCGUUCUGUCCUGACAUGAAUAAUAUUUAUUAGGAACCUCGCAGGGAGGCUUUUCCGGUGAAGAGAGUUUGGAUUAACGGCCUGACAGGACUCUUAUGGUUCAAGCUCUGAGAGAAAGAAUGAAAGAAAGGAGAACGGAAGUGUUUGAGAGAAAAGCAGGUGGUUGAGUUUUGACAUAUGCAUGAUGUCAUUUCCUGAAUGUAGGCGGGGCCUCUAGUAGAGUUGGGGCUGAGGCGGAGCCAAUAUGUACGUGCAGGUUGAACUGAGGAGGGGUGAAGCCAACAUGGCUGAUCCGAUCACCAGACGGUCUGUACGAGUCUCGACAAAUAGAGACGUUGACGUUUGUCGUACCCAUAAUCCUUUGCAGAAAUUUGAGCCUCCGGUCUCUGCUGGACUCCAUGAGGUUUUCAGUCCAGCUCAUCACACUGACCGACUCAUAACUGUUUAAUUAAUGAGACGAGGUGAAGCAGUGUUUGGUUAUAUUGAAAACUAUCAUGAACCAGGUGGAGAACCUGAACUGUGACAGCGAGUGAGGCUUCACCUCCCUGUCCCUUUUUUGUUUUUGAUUCCUCAGUUGGUGGCCGGAUGUUAAUGCGUUCACUCAUGAGGCAUCUGUGCCGAGACGUAGGCCGGGUGUUUGUGUCUCUUUCAGGGAGAACAGCGGAGUGUAGUAAAUUUGUUUCUCUUCCUUCAAGUGAAAUAUGUCCAGUUUUUGAGGUACAUGUGAGAUUUCUGCCUCUACUCACUGAUGUCUUCAGUGCUCACACAAGAAAAGAAAGUAGAAUGCUGUUUUUGAUGAGAUGUUUCUGUUUUCAGUCCCAGCACAAACUAAAUUCCACUCACCUCCAUUGUAUCGGGGGGAGGCGGAAAUCUCAGAUGUCUCAAAACCUGGACAGAUAUAAUGCAAUCCAGUACAACAGCUAGUUAAAAAUUCCACUUUUGCUAAAUGUUUAUUUUCUGACACAGAGGUGUUAUAUUAUACUUAAAAGGUGUUUCUAAUGUUUCGUCCACCCCAUCUACAUACACAUACACAAGGGGGACGUCAGGACACCACCACCAAUUGAGACCUCAGUAAUUAGCAUAUAGUUGAAAUAACUUGUCACCAAAAAAAAUUUUACAUUAUGACAUGUGGCUGAACUGUUGGGUUGUAUUAGCUUAUACAGUUACACCUAGUACUGAGUGUGUAUAUAUUUUAUUUGGGUUAACUGACCCCUUCAAGGUCCAGCUGCGGCCUCUGACCGAGCAGCAAAGACGUGUGUGUCCAGCUGGCCUUUCCUGACAUGAAAACCUUUUUGUGUGGAAAAACACACAAUAUUUUAACUCUUUAUUGUUCUCAGAACAAGAUUCAGCCCGUUUUGUUGUGAGAAAAGCCGCAUUGCAGUAAUUGUCUAACAUUCUCGUUGACUAACCUGGUGAUACGUGUAAAAGGUCCUGCGAAUAUUUGCUCCGUCUCCCAAACCUUGAAGUCAUUCUUAUUUGAUGCGGACUCACAGGUCAAAGUUCAGGCGAAGUCAAUGCGUCAUCACGCUGCCAGACUUCAUAAUCAUAAGACUAAUGUGACCAUACACAUGCAGAGCAGGAAGCGGAGGCAGAGCACAGGACUGUAAAGUGAAGGAGGAGGCGUUAUAAUGAGAUGACUGACACAGAACAGGGACACUGUUUGUCUCCUCACCAGAGGUCAGCGUGUCCUGUCUGCCGUAGAUCCGUCUGACCCACCACAGCAAGGGCUGCUGGGUAACACAGCAGUCCUCUUCAGAUCGGCCGAGCUGCUUCAUGCUGCUGUUUUUUGUGUGUGUGCGCCAUAAGUGGCUUGUAGUGUGUUUUUGGUGUGUGUGUGUGUCCAUGUGCCUAAAUGUUCUGGUGGGAGUGGAGGAGGUUGUGUGUGAUGUGUGUUGAAAACUAACUUUGUUACAGGCUUCGUUCACAGCUGAGAUCUGAGACAGAUCCGCUUCGGUUCGUCUCUGUUCAGACUGACAUCAGAUAUAACUUUAGGAGCUGAUGUGGACGCAACCGUGAACUCUCAGUACCUCGAACUCCCGUCGACCCAAGCUGAAGCUCAACAGGGUCGUCUGAUGUUUGAAAAGUGAUGUGUUCAGGAGCGCUGGCAGAUUUCUGAGGACGGUGAGACUCUGUCUUUGCAACCGUCAGCAGACAAGUGUUGACUGCAUUUUCAAGACUCGAGUCCGCUCAAGUCCAGAUGUUGUUUGUGUUCAAACUAUCGGAUCUUGUCGUCGUUGGGUACAAACUCCUGGUGAUCUCAUUGUCCUCUUUAAACCAGCAGCGCUCACGGAGCCUUCAGAUAAUAAAAAAAAACUGGUAACACUUGACUUCAGUUGCUCUGUUUACAGUGUCCACUCUCCAAACCUCCACCAGCCAAUCAAAUGACUGAAAUCAAAUACACACUACAACACUGAACACAUUGCUCUGAUCUCCAAUCAUCUGGCCUGUUUUCUUGAAACCCGUCAGCUGAUGAUAAACGGCACCACUGUGACACACGAGCCGAGUCCACUCAAUCGGCCGCAGGGUGGUGUGGUCAGUUGUUCUGUUAAAUCCAAACACUAAAAAUGAUUUCAGCCCAUCAAUCAGACGACCAGCUCUCUCUAACGCUUGUCCUGUCACCACCUUUCUGACUGACAUGUAAGUUGGCCUCCCUCGAUGCCUGGUGGGCUGGAGAGUGGACAGCAGUGAACUGAACCAACCACUGAUUGUUCUAACUGUUGAACUGAAGACGCAACAGGCAGCAUGACGGGAGCGCAGAGGCUCAGAGGAGGUGGAGGGUGGGGUGUCUCUCUGCAGUUGUAGCAUCGUCUUCGAGUGAGACGUUCGAAGAUUUGAUGUUACCGUGACUUUGGUUUGAUUUAAUUUUGAAACUUCUAAACUGUGUUUACAACCGUUAAAACUUUGCACCAGAUCACAAAUGUUGCAGCUACAUCUGAACAGAAGGUUACUACUUUGAUUGUGGUUUUAAUAAUCUUGUCAGUGUAAUCUUGAGAAACGGAGCUAAUGGCGUGUUUAUGGUUUGGGAGGGUUCACUUUAUCAGACAGCUCACGACUGUUGCGUGAGGGUUAAAAAUACGGUGCAUUAACGAACGACUAACUUUGGCUGACGUGACACCUCCAUCUUUAUUUGCUUUUUCAGGUACGUCUGAUGUAUUUAGAUGAAUAUUUUGGAGCUUUGAGAAAAAUAUAAGGUCAAAUAACCCGAGGUACAUUCACAUCCAUAAACUCUUUCCAGGUGCAGAAAAUUACCUCUUUUCCAACGUGAAGUUUUCGACCACAAAAGUUCCUUUAGAUUGAAAUUUUGCCAUGUCCAUGUAAAUUAAAAAGAACAGGAGCGAGAAAGCACUUUGCAGGCUCUGUCUUUGUUUUUAAAGUGUGGUAACUUCAUCUGAAAAAUUAAAUCCGACACAGCAGAUAUUUCCACUUGAAAGAAUUUUCUGUUGUGCUGGAUAUAAAAAAAGAGAAGUUAUUAUGAAUGUUAAUGUAAAAUAACAAUACUGACAAAUGUGAUAAAAUUCAUAUUUUGUUGAGCUGUUCGUGUAGAGCUUGUGAAAACAGUAGUUGACUGUCUCAUCUCAAGGUCCACUUGUUUGUUGUUAUAUUAAGUUAGUUUUCAAACUUAAAAUUCAUAAUAGAGGAGAAGUCCUGGAGGCGCUCAGAAUCAUGGGAAGUUUGAGCAUCUACAUUUCCAUUGAGAUAGUUUUGUCUGUUUACAAUUUUGGGUCACGUCAUAUAAAUUGCAUAAAGACGUGUUAUUUAUAGCUACCAUCUUUGAGUGGUUUUGAAAACAAAGGUUUAAAAAUCUUAAUUUUUUGUUCGGUCAAGGAUUUAAUGCAUCGAUAGACAAACUGGGGUUAAAAAAAAAAAAAAACGUACAAGAUUAUGUUUAAGAUUACCGAACAGCUGAUUUGUGAUCUCGAGAACACAAACUACGUUUAGAUGAAGCUGCAACAGGUGAGCUGGAGUCUGAUUGGUCGGUUGCCUCUGCCUCCGCCUGCUGCCUGAGCGUCAACAUGCAGAAACAUCACAGCACUGUGAUAUCUACAGACGUCUAAUAACUGCGUGUCUGUAAAUAGCUGGGUAAAGUAAACUAUUUGAAAAUACAAAGGCGACACUGCUGUCUGGCAUUUUGUAUUUAAAUUAUUUAUUUUUGUAGAUUUUGACCAGCGAGCUCUGCUGUUACAGCCGUCACAGUCGAGCUCUUUCUAUUGAAUAAAGAUUUCUAAGAGACUA